CAAGAGCUCCAAAGAAGAAGACAAGCGCUACUGCGUAGUCUCGCGUUGAUCCGAACAGAACCAGAAUGUCGAUAUUUACACCAACUAAUCAGAUCCGCCUCACUAACGUGGCGGUGGUGAGAAUGAAGAAAGGAGGAAAGCGAUUUGAAAUCGCCUGUUACAAAAAUAAAGUGAUGAGCUGGAGAUCGGGAGCAGAGAAAGAUCUGGACGAAGUUCUUCAGACACACACAGUGUUUAUCAAUGUGUCAAAGGGUCAAGUGGCCAAAAAGGAGGAUCUGUCCAAAGCAUUCGGAACAGAGGAUUUAACUGAGAUCUGCAAACAGAUUUUGGCAAAAGGAGAGCUGCAAGUGUCUGAUAAGGAGCGCCAGACUCAGCUGGAGCAGAUGUUCCGGGAUAUUGCGACAAUUGUGGCAGAGAAAUGCGUGAAUCCGGAAACCAAGCGCCCAUAUACAGUAAAUCUGAUAGAAAGAGCGAUGAAGGACAUUCACUACUCAGUGAAAGCCACUAAGAGCACAAAACAACAGGCACUUGAAGUGAUCAAACAGUUGAAGGAGUCCAUCCAGAUCCAGAGAGCCCACAUGCGGCUUCGCUUCAUCCUGCCAGCCAAGGAUGGGAAGCGGCUGAAAGAGAAGCUGAAGCCCCUGUUGAAGGUGGUGGAGAGCGAAGACUUCGAUGAUCAGCUCGAGAUGGUGUGUUUGAUUGAUCCGGGCUGCUUUCGGGAGAUCGACGAGCUGAUUCGCUGCGAGACGAAAGGCAAAGGCUCGGUGGAGGUGCUCAGUCUGAAGGACGUCGAAGAAGGCGACGAGAGACUCGAAUAAUCCACGACACUGCACACACACCCCUUACAUUGUUUUUUAUGUAUCUUAUGUUUAGUCAAUUUAUAUACUUACAUAUAAUAAUAAUAAUAAUAAUAAUAAUUUAGCAGCAUCUGCUGUGUCUUGCUUGAUGGACCAGUAAUUAUAUCUUUAUAGUUCAUACAUGCAAGUAAUUCUAUCAGAGGCUUAAACGACUUGAUGGCAGGAAAGAAAAAGUCAGAGUCAAAUCACAAUGAAUGUUUAUUUUCUGUGAAAAUUGAAGUAAUUUGUGUGCUUGACUUGAAAAAAGUGGUCUGAUUUAUUAAAACACAUACCAGUACAACUUGUUGUACAGCAUAAAAAUGAUAGUAUCUGUACUUGCAUAUUUGCCAACCAGCUUCUGCCCCCCUUGCAUUACCCCUGCCCCUCGUUCCAGAACCCACAUAUAUCAAGAAUGCCACAAUAUCUGACACUUUACACACAGCUUCUGCUACCAAUGUCUAAAAUAAAAAUAUUUACUAAAAAGUGCACUUAAAUGAUAUUAA